AUGGAAAUGAUAACAUUUUUUGUGAAGCAUAAGCCAUUUAAAAUUUUCAGUUGUGCUCUUGGCCUCUCCAAGGGUCCUUUCAUUCAGGGAAAAAUGUUUGCUCAGCCCGAGGAUGCUGGUUUUUCAUUUAGCCACAAUAUCAAUAGUCAUUUGUCCAGCCUCUCCAUUGUUGGAAACACGAUCCCCACUCCCGACCCCACUGUGAAGCAGGCUUUAUGUGCCCUGGAUCACGAGAGUGCCAGUGUGGAAAAUCAGGGCCAGAUUAAGAUGUCCAUCAGUGAAGUGUGUCGGGAAACUGUGUCACAUUGCUGCAACUCAUUUCUGCAGCAGGCCGGAUUAAAUUUGUUAAUAAGCAUGACAGUUAUUAAUAACAUGCUUGCCAAAUCCGUUUCAGACCCGAGGUUUCCUUUGAUAUCAGAGGGAAGUGGAUGUGCUGAGGUUCAUGUUUUGAAACAGUUGAUGGGUUUGUCUGAAAAACCAGUCUUGGCAGGGGAAUUGCUGGGUCCCCAAAUGCUGCUCUCAUUCAUGUCCCUCUUUAUCAGGAACGGAAACGGACAGGUUCUCCCGGACACCCUGGCCUCUUAAAAGACCAUCCCAAACAGAAUGGGACCAAAUCUACCCAAAACCCGUUUGGGGAGCACGCACUUGUGUUCUCAUUCAAAGACUCUGCAGAGGGUGCUAUAGAAGACCCAGCCUUAGCCAUCACCACGUCAUGGGGUGAAAGUCACACUUGCUAAAUCGAGGACCACGUUACUAUUGGCGGGGCGGGGGUUCCCACUGAGCUCUGAGUAACUUCUGGUUGUGCAGUCUACAGGUAAUGUGCAUUGUAAAUUACUUCCUUCCUUCUUCCUGUGGUAAAGGGCUCAUUGCAGCUGCCAGCUGUGGACAAAGCAUCAGGAAGGAUGCUUGCCUUUGGUGGUCUCCCUGUCUAAGCUGGACUGUCUUGUGGAGACCAGACACAUAUCGGAGCUUGUGCUGAAAAUGCUGUUGUUGCUGCAUAUGUCGAAUUCUUUUUCGUUUACUCUUUCUUCUACACCAGCCGAUGGAUGGUGAGCCCAUUCAUCAGAAAAGUGCACUCCCUUUCCAUGUUCUGUGCUGACUUAACCUCAUCCACCCAAGUCUACAUUUGUGUGUUUCAUCAAUAAACUUGUGUGCUUUGA